AUGGAGGAGCCAGCCUCAGCCACAGCCACAGCCACAGCCACUGAACCAUCGACUGUCCUCCGCCAGAAGAGGACCAGGGCUCAGACUCAUAGCACUGAGAACCAUGAGAGGACCAGCGCUGGGAGUGACCAGGCGGACCGCGAGAGCUCACCCGAUGACUUCGAAGAGACUCGUCCUAAAGCUAAACGAGGUCGACCUGCCGCCGCUGGCACUUCCGCUGCGCCACAAAAACUCGCCACUCUCACCUUGAUUGAAGUCAUCAAGGGCAACGGAAAACUUAUUCCUCAAGCAGUCAAGCUCUGGGUCGAGCGAUAUGAAAAGGAUCCAAAACCUGCUAUGGUUGAACUCUUGAUGAUGCUAUUUGAGGCAUGUGGCGCCAAGUAUCAUAUCGAAGGAGAGUUGCUGGACGAGACUGAUGUUGAUGAUGUCGUGGUUGCUCUGGUCGAGCUUGCUAGAAGUGGUAACGUUGAAGAUUACCAAAGUUCAAAAAAGAAGGAGUUUAAGAACUUCAAAGAUAAUCUUCAAUUGUUCUGGGAUAAUUUGGUCCGUGAAUGUCAACAUGGGCCAUUGGUUGAUCAGAUUUUGUUCGAGAAGUGCAUGGACUAUAUUAUUGCUUUGUCAUGCACUCCUCCAAGAGUUUAUCGUCAGGCUGCUACUUUGGUGGGUCUCCAACUUGUCACAUCAUUUAUAACUGUUGCUAACACACUUGGUGCUCAGCGAGAAACUACUCGUAGACAAUUAGAUGCUGAAAAAAAAAAACGAACUGAGGGGCCUCGUGUGGAAUCACUGAACAAGAGGUUCUCAACGACUCAUGACAACAUAACUAUAUUAGAGCAGAUGAUGCGCAAGAUAUUUCAAGGGUUAUUUGUGCAUCGCUAUCGAGACAUUGAUCCAAAUAUUCGGAUGUCUUGCAUAGAGUCACUAGGGGUGUGGAUUUUUUCCUAUCCAUCAAUGUUCUUGCAGGAUUUGUACUUGAAGUAUCUUGGAUGGACAUUGAAUGAUAAAAGUGCUGGUGUAAGAAAAGCUUCUGUCCUUGCGUUGCAAAAUCUUUAUGAGGUUGAUGAUAAUGUGCCAACUCUUGGUCUAUUCACUGAAAGAUUUUCUAGUCGGAUGAUUGAUCUUGCUGAUGACAUCGACACUUCUGUGGCUGUAUGUGCCAUUGGCCUUGUUAAACAGCUACUAAGACAUCAGCUUCUACCAGAUGAUGACUUAGGUCCUUUAUAUGAUUUGCUUAUUGAUGAUCCAGCAGAGAUCAGGCAUGCUAUAGGAGCCUUAGUGUAUGAACACUUGAUUUCUCAAAAGUUCAAUAGCUCCCAAUCUGGUGCAAAAGGUGAUGGCAACAAUUCUUCUGAGGUCCAUCUUGGCAGAAUGUUGCAAAUUCUAAGAGAGUUCUCUGCAGAUCCGAUUCUAAGCGUCUAUGUCAUUGAUGAUGUUUGGGAGUACAUGAAGGCGAUGAAGGACUGGAAGUGUAUUAUCUCCAUGCUCUUGGAUGAGAAUCCUUUGAUUGAGCUUACUGAUGAGGAUGCAACAAACUUGGUACGACUUCUUUGUGCAUCUGUCAAAAAGGCUGUAGGAGAGAGGAUUGUUCCUCCCACUGAUAAUCGGAAGCCAUACUACAGUAAAGCUCAAAAAGAAGUAUUUGACCACAACAGACGAGAUAUAACUCUUGCCAUGAUGAAGAACUACCCAUUACUUCUACGUAAGUUCAUGGCUGACAAGGCAAAAGUACCAUCACUGAUUGAAAUUAUUGUGCAUAUGAAUCUUGAGCUAUAUUCCCUGAAGAGGCAGGAGCAGAAUUUCAAAAGUGUCCUUCAACUUAUCAAAGAGGCAUUUUUUAAACAUGGCGAGAGGGAGGCUCUGAGAUCUUGCGUAAAUGCUGUCAACCUUUGUUCCACAGAGAGUCAAGGGGAGCUAAAAGAUUUUGCCCGUAAUACAUCAAAGGAACUCCAGGAUGAGCUUAUUGCCAAGCUUAAAUCUGCAAUGAAAGAAGUGGCGGAUGGUGGUGAUGAUUAUCCUCUUCUUGUAAAUUUGAAAAGGUUGUAUGAGCUUCAAUUGUCAAGAGCUGUGCCUGAUGAAAGCUUGUAUGAAAAUUUUGUCUCGACUAUUCAGAGUUAUACAAACAGGGACGAUGAGGUUGUCAGUUUUCUGCUUCUCAACAUGUCUUUGCAUUUGGAGUGGUCUCUGCAUUCAAUCAUAAAUAGUGAGACUGUCUCUGAAGCAUCGUUGUCUUCUAUAUUAGCAAAACGCAAAUCCUUGUCAGAGCAACUAGAGUACUUUCUUAACAGCCCUCCUGAAUUGGAGGGUAAUCGUUGUAAUCUGCUAGCUUGUAGGGUUUGUAUACUGCAAGCAGAAUUGUGGUUUCUGUUCAGAAAGACAAAUUUUUCUUCAACAAAGCUGGAAAGGUUGGGAUAUUAUCCAGAUGCGUCCAUUCUUCAAAAGUUCUGGAACCUUUGUGUACGACAGCUCAGUAUUUCAGAUGAGGCAGAAGAUGAUGAUGCGAACAAGGAGUAUAUUGAGGAGGCAAACAGAGAUGCAGUGAUGAUUGCUGCUGCAAAGUUGGUUGCUAAUGAUAAAGUUUCUAAGGAGUAUCUUGGUCCGGAGAUUAUCUCUAGAUUUGUGAUGCAUGGAACAACUGUAGCAGAGAUUGUUAAGAAUCUGAUUACUUUUCUGAAGAAGAAAGAUGAUGAUCUUCCCAAACUUUUCUUCGAAUCACUAAAAAAGGCUUACCAGCGGUAUAUGGUUGAACUUUCUGGAAGUGAUGAUGAAUCUUCAGCAAGCAAGCGUUUUCAAGAAUGUAAAGAACUGGCUGCUCGGCUUUCUGGAAUGUUUGUAGGUGCCGCCAGGAACAAGCACAGAUCAGACAUUUUAAAAAUUGUUAACAAUGGCAUUGAAUAUGCUUUUCUAGAUGCUCCAAAGCAGUUAUCUUUUCUGGAAGGUGCUGUGCUCCAUUUUGUAUCCAAACUGCCAACACCUGAUAUCCUGGACAUUGUGAAGGAUGUCCAGAGCAGAACGGAUAAUGUAAAUACAGAUGAAGAUCCUAGUGGCUGGCGCCCCUAUCACACAUUUGUUGAUAGCUUGCUUGAGAAGUAUGCAAAGAAUGAAGGUAUCCAAGAUGAAAAAGAUGGGACCUCUGUAAAGCGCAGGGGUCGUCCACGCAAAAGGCGUCGAGGAAAGGGACUUUUUGAUGAGCACAGUUCAAGUGAAGAAGAUGAUUCAAUAAGCGCAUCUGACCAUGAAAAUGCUCAAGAUGAAGAAAACAAGCAAGAUGACGAUGACGAUGAAGAUGCUCCUUUAAUACAUUCAAUUAGGUCAUCAUCCAAGUUGAGAUCAUUGAGAGUGACAAGAGAGGAAACGAAGGCCAGAUGA